AUGGCGCUCAAGGCCCUCUCGCCCAUGCGCUGGCUCUGCGGCCUGCUGCUGCUCGUCAGCGCCGCCAACGCCCUCAAGUUCGACCUGCUCGCCCACCCCGGCGGCGAGAGCCUCAAGAAGGAGAGAUGCAUCCGCAACUUUGUGGGCAGCGACACGCUGGUGGUUGUGACGUCGACGGUGGACGGCUACAAGGGCGACGGCAUGCUGGUCAACAUUCAUGUCCGUGAUGCCAUUGGCAACGAAUACGGCCGAGCCAAGGACGUUGCGGGCGAGUCCCGAAUCGUCUUCACCUCCCACGCCGACGCCGCCUUUGACGUCUGCUUCGAGAACCUGUUCAGUGGCAGUAUGUUGUCCCAUCUCCCUUGUUUUACUACACCAUUUUUCGAGAGUAUCUACUUCAAGCCGUUCACUAACACAUCAUCUCUUCUCCCAGACACCAAACCCCGACAGAACCUCCGCGUCGUCGAGCUCGACAUCGACAUUGGCGCCGACGCAAAGGACUGGUCCGCCAUCCAAGCCACCGAGAAACUCAAGCCCGUCGAGGCCGAGCUGCGCCGCAUCGAGGAGCUGACCGGCGAAGUCGUCCGCGAGAUGGAGUACCUCCGCUCGCGCGAGCAGAAGCUGCGCGACACAAACGAGAGCACAAACAACCGUGUCAAGUGGUUCGGCGUCGGCACCACCUGGCUGCUGGUCAUCCUGUGGGCGUGGCAGAUUAUGUACCUGCGGGCGUACUUCCGCUCAAAGCACUUGAUUUAG